CGACGACGAUGAUGUUGAUGUUGAUGAAGAGAGACAGAUAGCAACAUCAGUACACACAAUAAUCGAGGGUCUCUCGCUAUAUAUACCCACAUAUACCUUCGAGCAGCCACCAGCCAACAAGCUUCUAGCAAGCUUCCAACAAGCAAACCAUCGCCUACCAACCUACCAAAAGCCGUGGAUUCCCUCUCAUAAGACCCUGUCCUUGUUCCAGGAAGCUCAUCCAAACACAGAUUACGCUUAGAUAGAGGGAGAGCAGCUUCUCGAUCCGUUGUCGAUUCGAUUUUCAUACGGCUUGAUAUAAUAUAACUAUUGAAUCCGGAACCCCUCUACUCCACAUUCGUCCUUCGAUAGCUCCUUUUCAUCCUGCCUUACCUCACCCUCACUCACCCUCAUUCUCCGCCUCUUUCAUUUGUCUGUUACCACGAUGUGGAUUGUUAACUGGUUUUAUGAUAUCCUCGCCUCCCUCGGGCUGCUGAACAAGCAUGCAAAGCUCCUCUUCCUCGGUCUGGAUAACGCGGGAAAAACUACGCUGCUGCAUAUGUUGAAGAAUGAUCGAGUGGCCAUCCUCCAACCUACCGCACAUCCCACAUCCGAAGAACUAGCCAUUGGUAACAACAGAUUCACAACAUUCGAUCUAGGUGGUCACAUGCAAGCCCGUCGUCUUUGGAAAGAUUACUUCCCAGAAGUAAGCGGCAUCGUCUUCCUCAUCGAUGCCAAGGACCCCGACCGUUUCCCCGAAGCUAGGGCCGAACUGAGCGCCCUCCUGGCCAUGGAGGAGCUUGCCAAGGUUCCAUUCCUCAUCCUCGGCAAUAAAAUCGAUCACCCGGGCGCCGUGCCUGAGGAUGAGCUUCGGCACCAAAUGGGCCUUUUCCAGACCACCGGCAAGGGCAAGGUGCCUUUGGAGGGUAUCCGGCCUAUUGAAUUGUUCAUGUGUAGCGUGGUUAUGCGGCAAGGUUAUGGUGAAGGUAUCAGAUGGAUGUCUCAAUAUGUCUAAAUUGCGUAGAAAAGCCUUCGCGUUUGCAUUAUAAUCGUAUUAUCAUGCCUUGUCUUGUCUUGUCUUGUCCUGUCCUGUCUUGUCCUUUAACCAGGUUCAUUUCUAUGCCCGUCAAGUCUAUGCAAAUCUUGUUUUUUGUCUGUUCCACUCAGCCAUCCAAAGCCACUUUUCCUUUUUAUUUCACAACUCUCUAUUUUAAGAAAAAAAGAGAGAGACCAUCAACUUCCUCCGUCUCUCUCUUCGCUCAUGAUUUGUUGAAUAUGAGGGAAAAAAGGAUAAAUUUCAGGAACUAAGUUCCUCCCUUUCCCCAACCCCCAGAUCAAUCAAUCAGUCAGAUCUAUCAUUGCAUCAAUCCAUUCACAUUUCCCUACUCUCAUCCAUUUUUGUUUGUUGCUGUUUAGGCGUCCAGUACAGAAAAAAAACACAGAAAUCUUUUCUUCUUUCUCUCCAUGAUGUACAGAACUCUCAUGACAAACAGCUCCUUUCCCAUUUGUUCUCCCGGUUUUUUUUUUUUUUUUUUUUU